GUGCGCAAGAUAUACGGCGAUGGUAAUUGCAUGUUCCGUGCGAUCAGCUACAUUCUGUGGCGAAAUGAGGAAGAGCACCGCUCGCUCCGAGCCAUGGUUGUGCGGCACAUUAGGGACAAUUGGCGCGAGUACGGUGCGUUCGUGAUGGCCGAGUGGAACAUUUCGGAGCAGCAGAAGUACUUCGAUUACAUGAGCAUGGUGGGCACGUACGCCUGCGAGCUCGAGUGCACGGUGGCCACCAAGCUCCAUCGCAUGAAUCUGUCCAUCUAUCGCGAGCUCGCCGGCACGUACGAGAUCAAGCUGAUCUUCCACAAUCGCGUGCACGCGAGCUACGAGACCGCGAGGCUCCUGUUCACCGGAUCCUCCGAGAGCGGUCAUUACGACGUGCUGCUUCCCGAUUACCAGGCAUUCAUAUGAGCGGCCCGAC